AUGAAUCAAAGUAUUUUUCUUAUUAUAGGAUUCAUUAAUCAAUCUAGUCACUCAAUUGACAUAAACUACUUAGAUAAAACAUAUAUUUCAGAUUCUGAUAAUAAAGAAAGUUUAUCUUUUCAAAAAACUCAAGAUGGUCCUCAUUUAUAUGGUGUAGUUUCUAUUUUAAAGACACUUUUAGAAUAUUUAAAAGAACCAUUAAAGAAUGAAUCAGAAAUCCUCCAAUGGGCCAAAUAUGCUUCAGAAGAAAUUAAUUUUUCAGAUUUUAAGAAUAUAAAUAUUGUUUUUACAUAUUUGGAUGAAUAUCUAUCUUCUCAAACAAUGUUAAUUGGCGAUCAAGUAACCUUUGCAGAUUGGAUAGUUUGGGGAGCCUUACGGAGUAAUGUAUACGCUCAAGGACUGUUGAAAAAAAAUCUCCAUGUUCAUCUCAAUCGGUGGUAUCGUGAAAUUGAAUUGGAUGAUUUUGUUAGCAGAACAAUUCAAUUAUUAAUGAAAGAAAUAAUUGAGAAAAAAUCUAGUGCAAAAGUAAAAAAACCUACCGCAAAUUACGAUAUUGGGCUUCAGGAUGCAAUUGAAGGCAAAGUUGUUACACGAUUUCCUCCAGAACCGAAUGGAUAUUUACAUAUUGGUCAUGCAAAAGCAGCAAUUCUAAAUGAAUAUUUUGCUAAGCAAUAUAAAGGAAAGCUAAUUAUACGCUUUGAUGAUACCAAUCCAAGCAAAGAAAAGACAGAAUUUCAGGAUGGUAUAUUAAAAGAUCUUGAGUUAUUGGGAAUUAAGGGUGAUGAAAUAACAUUUUCAUCAGACUAUUUUGAUAAAACAUAUGACUUUUGUAUACAAAUGAUUAAAGAUGGGAACGCAUAUGCUGAUGAUACAGACAAAAAUACUAUGCGUGCUCAGAGAAUGGAUGGCAUAGAAAGUAAAAGACGAAACAGAAGCAUAGAAGAAAAUCUUGAAAUAUUUUCUCAAAUGACAAAAGCUACUGAAAUUGGCUUGUUAAAUACUAUUCGUGCAAAAAUAUCAGUAAAUAGUCCGAAUAAAGCUUUAAGAGAUCCUGUUAUUUAUCGAUGUAAUUUAACACCUCAUCAUAAAACUGGAACUACUUGGAAAGUUUAUCCAACUUAUGAUUUCUGUUGUCCUAUUGUCGAUAGUAUUCAAGGUGUAACUCAUGCGUUAAGAACAAAUGAAUAUAAAGAUAGAGAUGCUCAAUAUCAAUGGAUGAUUAAAACUCUUAAACUUCGAAAAGUUUAUUUAUGGGAAUUUAGUAAAAUUAAUUUUGUUCGUACAUUACUUAGUAAAAGAAAGUUACAGCAACUUGUAGAUAGUGGGAAAGUUUGGGGAUGGGAUGACCCAAGAAUGCCAACAAUUCUUGGUAUUAGACGUAGAGGAAUGACUAUUCAGGCGUUGAAGCAGUAUAUAAUUAGCCAAGGCCCAUCAAAAAAUGUUCUUAACUUAGAUUGGUCAAGUCUUUGGGCUGUUAACAAAAAAGUAAUUGAUCCUGUCGCGCCUCGUUAUGCUUCAGUAAAUUUAAAAAAUAUUGUAAAAGUUACUUUACUUAACGGGCCAGAUACUGUAUAUAUUGAAGAAAAGCCUAAACAUAAAAAAAAUUCCCAAAUUGGUACAAAGAAAACAGCAUUUUAUAAAUUCAUUCUACUUGAUCAAGACGACGCUUUAACCUUCAAAGAUAAUGAAGAGAUUACGCUUAUGGAUUGGGGAAAUGCAAUUAUAAAAGAAAUAUCUAAAAAUAGUCAUGGCUUUGUUGAAUCAAUUAAAAUGGAACUUCAUCUUGAAGGUGAUUUUAAAGCAACAGAAAAAAAAAUUACAUGGUUAGCUGAUCUUUCUGAUCUUAUUGACGCUGAGUGUGUUGAUUUUGAUUAUUUAAUUACGAAGGAUAAAUUAGAAGAAAAUGAUCUUCUUGAAGAUUUUUUAACACCUUGUACUGAGUUCCACUCAAAAAUAAAGGUUGAUAGAAACUUUUUGAAUCUUUGUAAAUCAGACAUUAUUCAACUAGAAAGAAAAGGAUAUUUCAUUUGUGAUCAGCCAUGUGAUUCUGAAGGAAAAGGUCUUGUAUUAUUUGCAAUUCCUGAUGGAAAAGUUGUUAAUAAAUAUGGCGUUAAAAAAUAA